CGCCUUUGCAACCCGUCCGCCUACGAGAAAGGGCCGGGGCGGGGCCUUUUCUUAAAGGGCCAGUAACAGAAACGACUCAAGUUUUUCUACUCCGGCUUUUGCUGUGAGGUUUGGCGCUACUGCUCCGUUUGUGUGAACCCGAGGACUGAAGGGCCCCGCUGCCCUGCAGCAUGGGGAGAAGGGAAUGCCCGUGUACUCCAGGCCUGCUCACUCCUGAGCCCAAUGAUUUAUCAAUAAGGAAGUUAGUUUCAGCAAAAUAUCUGGUGGAGUUCCUGGAGCCAUGGCUAGCGCUGACAUCAAACCAAAAUCUAUAAGUCGUGCCAAAAAAUGGUCAGAUGAGAUAGAGAAUCUAUACAGAUUUCAGCAAGCUGGAUACAGGGAUGAAAUUGAAUAUAAACAAGUGAAGCAAGUUGAUAUGGUGGAUCGUUGGCCAGAAACAGGAUUUGUGAAGAAACUUCAGAGAAGGGACAAUACUUUCUAUUAUUACAACAAGCAAAGAGAAUGUGAAGACAAAGAAGUCCAUAAAGUGAAAGUUUAUGUGUAUUAAUUUUGUUAAUCCUAACUACACUGUUUUGUUUUUGUUUGUUGUAAGUAUGUUGCUUUAAUCUAUUUGAUGUUUAUAAAAUGUAAGGAAUUAAACAAGGUUUCUGAACUAAUUUGUCCUAGUUUUAAAUAGAGCUGAACAUUUUUUGAGGGAGGAGUAAUAAUGUAUGUUCAGCACUAGAUUUUCACAGAGCUUUUGAUGAGGUUGAGGUCCAAAGUGCUAAUUAUUAUUUAGUGCAUUACAUCUUUAAUGUACUUUACUGACAGUAGCUAACUAAUUCUAACCACAAUCUUGGGAGAUAGGUAAAUGUUGUUGUUAUCAUCAGUUUACAGAUGGGAAAAAGGAGGCAAACCGUUAAGUGACAUCCACAGUAUCAUGAGGGAGUCGAUGUCAGACCCAGGAUUACUAUUUGUUAAAGGAAAUCGAAUGACCUGGGAGUAGGGGCCAAAACCAUGCUAUUGAUUAAAAACUAGUUAAGUGAUGGGAAACGGUCAUAAUAAAUAUCUUUCUCUCUUAGCAAAGGGGAGUAAAUAGUGAAGUAUCCCACGGCUCUGUGGGGUUUUUUUUUAUAUAAGUAUUAAUGAUUUAAAGGACAAAGUAUUUAGUGAAUUGGUAAAAUUAGCCAAUGAUACAGGAUGUUGGACAGCAAAAACUAAAGAGGAUUAUGAGGAGUUAAACACUUGGUGGGAUGAAGGGAAUAUUGGGCAGCAAGGUGUCAAGUGAAAUCUAAUAUCUUUCUGGAAGUACAUCAAUUAUAAUUCUGGUUUUAGUGAUAGAAAGAGAUGGGAUUAUAUUGGUAGCAGCUAAAGAGUAAAUGGAUUAAUAUUUUUCCAGACCUAAACACCACAGUUUUGAAUAGAAGAGAGAGAUUUGCGUCUCUGUGGUGGGGUAUUAGAAGUAGAGGAAAAGAAGUGUCUAUCCUUUGCCCUGAAAACUUAAGGGCAAUGUAGUAGGGGAUUUAAAAAAAAAAUCACAUUUUUGACAAUGCUGUAUCCUUUGGAAGAUCACAUAAAUGAUUGAAACUACAGAUUCCAGUGUUGCUCAACUUGCUGGUGAGGUGCUCAGACCUCAGAAUUGUAACUGCAGUGGUCUAUAGUUGUCCAUUUUGUUCUUUUGCAGCUGUUUUGCUUGGUUUGGUAUCUGUGCAAUGAAAGCUAUUAAACUCUGGCACAUGUGGGUUACAUUAAUUGAUGUAAAUUAAAUAACACUCCAAUCUUUAGUACUAUUUACUGUAGCUCCUUAUCUUCUGUUAAUCCUUUUGAUACAAUCCUCUGGAGUCUACCUGCAAAAAUAACUGUCAGAAUGGCAUUGUGAGGUCCAUCUCAAAUUUGGUCCAUAUCAAAUGUACUCAGUUUAUAAGGCAAAAGCUGGACUCCCAAACCCACAUGGACUGCAAGCUCAACCUGGGAUCUGGCAAUCAGGCUGGUUUCUUUCUCGUUCCCACAUUAUCACCUAACUCAAGUGAGUUAUGUUACAGGUAAAGUUGUGAUCAUUAGGUUGAGCAUAGAGCUAGGACUCAAGAAGCUUGGAGUAAAAUCCUGGCUCCACUGAAGUUAAAAUGUGUUGUGUGCUAUUGUCUUAAUUGAUCUAGGAUUUCACCUUUGGCUUCUGUUCCCUGCUCUGCCAUAGACUCAGUGUGGUCGAGGGACUUAAGUACCUUGUGCCUCAAUUUCCUUAUCUGCAUGACAUAAGCAUUAUUAUUUAGUACAACUCUAGUCACCAAAAAGUAAAGAUUCUAUAAUUAUUGCCCAAUUAAGAACUCUGGUGAUGUGAGAGCCAGAACAGAAUCCCACGCCUAGAACUGUAUUGCUCUGCAGUACUACCAACAGUAAAAUGGAGUGUUAACUUAUUUUGGGACCAUAUAAUGCCAUCAGUUUUUAAACAGAGCUCCCCAUUGAAAACACAGCAUGCCUUGUUGUCGGAGAAAUAAGAAUAUUGGAUUUGGGGUACAUAUAGAGAACACGUCUGUUGAAUAAGAAAAUGCUGCUUUUAUGUAGACCCUUUUUUGACUAUACCUAAACAUCAAGCUUAUAUUAUAUGAAUUCUGAACUCUAAUGGAUUUCAAUGUGUGUUUUUUCC